AUUACAUUAAAUCGUAUAAAACACCCAAACUAUUUACAAGCUAUGUUUAUUACUUCAUUGGCACAUUACAUGCACGAAAUAAAUUCAUUUUAAUCUUAUAACAAUAUGGACAAAGAUAAAGACAUUAUCGUAUGCGUGCCAGGACAGAGGUUAUGUGUCUCCGACAAAUUUAAUAUUGCUGGACCAGGAACUUAUGAGCAACAAGGCUAUAUCUAUUCGAAAUUGGUUGGUGUAGUAAAAUUAAUAAAAAAAGAAAAUAUUCGUACCAUAGAAGUCCAUGGAAUAACAGAACAAAGCAUUGUUCCUGCACCUGGUGAUAUUGUAACAGCUAUGGUUACUAUUGUUAAUCAAAGAUUUUGUAAAUGUAGUAUAAAAUGUAUAGGUGACAUUGUAUUGACAAGACCUUACAGAGGAAUUUUAAGGAAAGAAGAUGUUCGUGCAAUAGAUAAAGAUAAUAUUCAAAUGUAUAAGUGCUUUAGACCUGGAGAUAUUAUUCUUGCAAGAGUUAUGCCAAUGACAGAAGCACAUACUUAUCAACUAAGUACAGCAGAAAAUGAAUUAGGUGUAGUGAUAGCACAUAGUGAGGAAGGUGUAGCUAUGAUACCCAUUAAUUGGACACAAAUGCAAUGUCCUAAAACAUUGCGAAAAGAAUUCAGGAAAGUAGCAAAAGUUGUGCCAGAACAUGUUAUUGCAGAACAAUAAUUUAAUACCAAUUUAACAUUAAUCAUUUUUCCUUUUAUUAUAUUUGUUUAUUAAGAAAGAUACAAAAUAAAGCAUUUUAUAUACACAA